UUAAGAUCCUGCAAAUUGCUGUCGUUGUACUUUCGCUCAAUUCUGAAAAGUACGAAAAAUAGCAAAAACCAAGAAAUAACGCAGAAGCGGGCCUAUCAACUGACACCACCAAAUCUCACCUCAACCGAACCGUCAAGCCAGUCCUAGCUAGCAGGCGCCAAGCUCACGAUGGCGGGGUCGCAAACCACUUGUCCUGACCCCUCAUCCUACCCCUUCCCCUUGCCAGCGAUCCUUACCCACCCUGCCAGUGCGCCACCGACACUCAUCACACAAGGCGCCGAGGGCCGCCUGUACAAAACAACAUACUUGCGGCCGGAUUUGCCGUGCGCCCUCAAGCACAGGCCAUCGAAGCCAUAUCGACAUCCGAUCCUGGAUGCCCGCCUAACGCGCCAGCGCAUCCUCGCCGAGGCGCGCAUCCUAUCCAAGUGCAGGCGCGAUGGCACCGCCGCUGGCGUGCCGGCUGUGUACGCGCUGGACGAGGCGGCGGGAUGGUUGAUGCUGGAGUGGAUAGAGGGGGUGCCGGUGCGCGUGAGCAUCAACGAGUGGCUUAAGCGGAGGACAAGGUUGGGGGCCUCGUCCGCCAUACAGGAAGACGAGCAGCUCGUCAAGCUCAUGAGGAAGAUGGGUGCCGCAGUGGCGGCUAUACAUCGCGUUGGCGUAGUUCACGGUGACCUGACCACGAGCAACAUGAUGCUCCGUCCUCCACAGAACCAGGGCGAGGUAGCCGAGGAUAGGCUUCUCGAUGGCGACGUGGUUGUGAUCGAUUUUGGCCUGGCGAGCCAGAGCGUUUCCGAUGAGGAUAGAGCCGUGGACCUCUAUGUAUUGGAGAGAGCAUUUGGAAGCACGCACCCCAGAGCCGAGGCUGUCUUUGAGCAAGUCCUCAAGGGAUACCAGGAGGGAUUCAAACAAGCAACGCCAGUGCUGAGGAAACUGGAAGAUGUGCGGAUGAGGGGGCGCAAAAGAAGCAUGAUCGGAUGAGAUCUGGGCAACUUGUCGAGUAAAUGUUACAUAACUAAACGGGAACCGGAAUAAACAAAACUACCAUGAAGAGCCAUGAUAAUAUGACACUAGUCUAUGUCAUGUUUUAUUCAAGCCUCAGGGCACAAAGAUUCUAAAAAAAAUAAAAAAAAUAAAAAUAAAAAAAGCAUUGCCGUCUCACGC